AUGUUGAAAUCCUCUGACAAUACUGUUCCCGUCUCCAUUUCGCAACUUCAUUCGACUUCGCAAUCAAGACGAAACUCUACUGCGACUGUCGAUGACGCUGUGCGUUAUCUUCGUUCGGGUGCAAUAGCCUUGUCAACGGAUAUGCAAACAUCCUCUCUUACUUCUUACUCGACUAGCCUAAAUCGAGUGAACCGUUAUAUGAGUCCAAGAUAUGUGUUACUUGGCUCUCAGAUAGGAAUGGUAGUCGACAGUGCGGCUCAGGCUAUGCAACAUGUAGCGAGUACCGUUGGCGAGGCCCGACGGCGGCAGGACGUUGUUGCGCCAUCUGCACCGAUUGCUUCGCGCUUAUUAUACUCUCACAUCUUACAUUCGCCAUACCCUUCUCCGUUGCAGGCUCUUACACCUGGUUUUCUUUCGUCGCUUGGGCCAUGGCAUAUCGCCGGUUCAUUAGAUGUCAUACAUCAGCGGUCAACAAUGCAGUCCACAGGCACGGCAAAUAUUAACGUCAAUUAUCUUGGACAUACGAGCAUAGACAUUGGCUCAAACUGGACAACUUCAAAAUCAUCGAGGCAGUACAAUCUAAACCUUGGCUUCCAUGCUAGUUUCGUUUCUCUUGCAACGGGCACGAGUUUGAAUUUGCCGCAGCUUGGCAACAGGAAAACGAAGCGUGAUGGGAAAUGGGAGAUCGUCCCUUCCAUGCUUGAUCAUCCAUACGAGACUAUCGUUCCACUUCCUAUCAUCAACUCUGUUCCUGAGCUUGCCUCAGAUAAUGGCGACCAGCUUACAGAGACAUUGCUCGAUGCUUUGGCUACCGAAUCCCAGAUGCUGCAAGCAGGUGAUACCUCGAGCCCUGAAGUACCCUCCAUUCCUAAUCGUCGAUCUUCCUCCACGUUUGCUCAAGCGUUUACCAUGCAUACGAGUCCCGAGUAUGAAACUUUCGUCAUUAGCCGUAAUCUUCCUGCUGCACGUGCUGAGAUAGAUGCCGGCCUGAGCAAUGUGAUUUCCGAUAUAUGUAUAUGUCUUUCUACACGAUCCCAAGCUGCUACCCAGGAAGAGUAA